AAUCGCAGUCAGAAAGAAUGAGUCGCGACGGUCAGUCCAUCUGAGACUCAGUGAGUUACUGAGUCAGGAAGUCUCUCUCUCACCAUUCUCUUUUCCACUGUCUCCCUCUCUAUUCCCUUCUGCUGCGCAUUCUCUCUUUUUCAUUCGCUGGAGCCCUUUUUCGUCUUUUCCACUUCCUCUUCUUCUCCAAAUCAGACGGCCCACUCUCCUCCACGUCAACAUCGUCUUCUUCACCACCCCUCCUGUCAUCGUCCUUCUCCUCUCUCUCUUUCUCUCUUAUCAUUUUCCUUUUUAUAUUUAUAUGUAUACGCAAUAACCGCCUCUCUCAACCCUAGGGUUUCACAAACAUUAUCACCUCUCUGUCUCUCUCGAAUGCCUCGACUUUCGGUCUUCGCUCUCCAAUCUCGGCGUCGAAGUUUAAUUCUUCGCGGAGGAGGGUUUUGAUUUGGUUCCGUUCGCAAAAUUUGAAAUUUUGAGUGAAUAAUUGGAGUGGGCACAAAGUGGUGAUUGGCUUCUUGUUGUUGGGAAGGAGUGAUGGCGAUUGAGAAGAACAGCUUCAAGGGGUCUAGGUUCGAUCCAGAGUUUUCUCCCAAUAGUAGGGAGACCAUGUCCAGUGAUGAGGAUGAGGUUCAGCGUCGGGUCUCCGCUGCUGAAUAUGAUGAUGACGAUGAUGAAUUUGAUGAUGCGGAUUCUGGGGCGGGAUCGGAUGACUUUGACUUGUUAGAAUUAGGGGAAACUGGGGCUGAGUUUUGUCAAAUUGGGAAUUUAACUUGUAGUGUUACUUUUGAAUUGUAUGAUCUUUCGGGUUUAGAGGAUAUAUUGUCUGUUGAUGUGUGGAAUGAAGUUUUAACUGACGAGGAGAGAUUUAGCCUCACUAAAUAUCUGCCUGAUUUGGAUCAGGACACCUUUAUGCGAACUCUUAAAGAGCUUUUUGAGGGUCAGAAUUUCCAUUUUGGCAGCCCUAUUAAGAAGCUGUUUGAGAUGUUGAAAGGAGGGUUGUGUGAGCCAAGGGUUGCUCUUUAUAGAGAGGGUUUGGGUUUCUUUCAGAAGCGGCAGCAUUACCAUCUUUUGAGGAAGCAUCAGAAUAAUAUGGUCAGUAAUUUAUGUCAGAUAAGGGAUGCUUGGCUUAAUUGCAGGGGGUAUAGCAUUGAAGAGAAGCUUAGAGUUUUGAAUAUUAUUAAGAGUGAAAAGAAUUUGAUUUAUGAGAAGAUGGAGGAAGAUUUGGAGAGUAAGUCAUCAGAGAGAGAGGAAUUAGGUGAUAGGCUAAGGGGCAAAAGGGUUAAGGAUAGGAAAAGUGCUGUCAAAUUGGGUCUUAAUUCUGCAUGUGGGGCUGGUUCGAAUUUGGAAUUGGCUUCACGAAUAUCUUCAGUGGGUUUAGAAGUGCCAAAGUAUCGAAAGCAGAAUCCAAAGGGUAUACUGAAGUUGUCUGCAUCAAAAACUUUUUCACCAAAGGAGACGGUGAGCCAUUUCCCUUCUGUUUAUGCAAAUUCUAGGCCACAUGGUUUGCCAGCUCCAAUUUCUCGUCAGAAGGUGAUGGGGCUUGAAUCAAGGGCAGCACUUAGGUUAACAAAUCAGAUGAUAAUUAAUGAUGAUGAUUUUGAUGAUGAUAAUGAUGCUGAAGAUGCUGUGUAUGGGAUGAGCUUCCAACAAGAUUACAAUGUAGCACAUAGUGGCAUGAUGGACAAAUCUGGGGUUCUAAAGGCAGGAAAGAAGCAUGACCUAUUGAAAAGUGAGGAAUUAGGCACUGACAGUUUCACAGGCUUUCCUUUCUCUUCAAAGAAUGAUUUACAUGCCUAUGGGAUGAACAGGAAUGCAAAUCAACUGUCAGAAAUGAAAGGGGUUGCAGCUAAGCCACCCAAAAUUCAAACUUCCCUGGAGUUUGUCAAAAAGGCCAAGUAUCCUGAAAAUGUUCAGCAAUUCGCUUUUGGAGAUCACCUGAAGUCACUGAAAGGCCGAUCACAUCUAACUGUGAAGGGUAACCGGGUUGACUUAUCAGAGCAUGGUGAAACCAUUUGGCAUGGAAAGAACCAAGGACAUGCCAUCUCCAUGGGUUCCUCACUGAAAUCUGAUGAUCGGAAUAUGAGAAGCAAGAAGUGGAAAGCAGGGAGGGAGUCCCCAGAUCUCAAUGUUAAAACACAUCGAGCUUCUUCUCCACAGGUGAAUGAUAGAAUCCUGCUUUCUGACUUGAAAGCAAAAUCAUCUAAGGAGAAAAUCAAAGCAAAUUUUGUGCAGAAUGGAGGGCCAGAUAAAGGAGGUAAGAAAUUGAACAGGAUGUUUGCAAAAAAUGAAGAAACAGAAUCAGACUCAUCUGAACAAUUUGACAAUGAUGAUGAUGAUCCUUUGGUGAGAAGCAAGUCAACUUAUCCCAGUGGCAGCAUGGAGGUUUCUCGAACAUCCUUGUUAAAAUCUGGCCUAGAUGCUAAGAAGGGAAAAUUUGUUAAGAAAGAUAUGCAGGAGAAAGCACUGGCUUUUGGUGGAAUGACAGAUUUCUCCAAAAAUAUGGGUGGCUUUAGUGAGCUUGGGCGCAUCCCAGGAUACUCGUCAAAAGCAAAACAGAAAGGUAAGAUGCGAGACAGCAGUCCAUUGCAUAUCUCUGGAACUAAAGUUUUGGAAAACAGCUCUCCAUUUGGUUUGGGUAAAGUUACAGAUGAUGAUGACAGGAAAAAAAGUCACAAAAUUGUCAAGAAUGGACAGUUGCUAGAAUCUGCUGAGAGGUUACAUAUGUCUUCAUUGAAAGCCUACCCUACUGACCGAAAGCAGAAAGGGGAGGUCAGUAACAAUUACACUAUUGAUGAGGAGGAUGAUUCUUUUGAAACGCGUCUAUUGGCAGAUGAAAAUGCACUAGCUAGAUUGGGUAGAAGAGCAUAUGUUCCUGAUCGACGUGACAGAUCUGAUGCAUCAGUUCAAGGGUUCAACUUAAUGACAAAGAAACGGAAAGCUAAGGAGGAAUUGACCAACCUUGAUAGAAGAGACGAAGAUGGCAAUGUGCAGUCUAGCCUUAAGCAGCAAAUUGAUGACUCCAUUUCAUUGAAGAAAAAGGGAAAAAGAAAAGUGGAGUCUGACACUGGCACUUCAGACAUGGAAACUCCUGAGCCACCUCUUACAGAAAUGGGAGCAGCAGACAUGGGCAUAGAUUCCAAACCACAAAAAAAGCCAUAUACACCAAUUACUCCUACUGUUCAUACUGGCUUCUCAUUUUCCAUUAUACAUCUUCUUUCAGCAGUUCGCCUGGCGAUGAUCAGUCCUCUCCCAGAAGAUUCCUUGGAAGUCAUCAAACCUAGUGACGGGCAUAAUGGAAAGCAUGAAGGUGGCACAAAUGGUGUUGUUUCUUGUGAGAGUGCAGAUGUAAAUAAAUCUGACCAUGCUCUGCAGGUGAAUGUGCCUUCUCUUACUAUACAAGAAAUUGUUAACCGUGUCAGAUCAAACCCUGGGGAUCCUUGUAUUCUUGAGACACAAGAGCCUCUUCAGGAUCUGGUCAGAGGAGUUCUCAAGAUACUUUCAUCAAAAACAGCUCCUUUGGGAGCAAAGGGUUGGAAGGCACUAGGGGUUUAUGAAAAAUCUGCAAAGAGUUGGUCUUGGAUUGGUCCAGUUUCCCAUACUUCAACGGAUCAUGAGACUAUUGAGGAGGUAACAUCUCCUGAAUAUUGGGGCCUUCCUCAUAAAAUGCUUGUCAAGUUGGUUGAUUCAUUUGCUAAUUGGCUGAAAAGUGGUCAAGAGACUCUUCAGCAAAUUGGAAGUCUUCCAGCACCACCCGUGUCAUUGAUGCAAUGUAACCUGGAUGAGAAAGAAAGGUUCAGGGACCUGAGAGCUCAGAAGAGUCUCAACACUAUUAGCCCAAGUUCUGAAGAAGUGAGGGCUUAUUUCCGUAAGGAAGAAUUUUUAAGGUAUUCCAUUCCUGACAGAGCCUUCUCAUACACAGCAGCUGAUAGUAAAAAAUCCAUUGUUGCUCCUUUGAGACGGUGUGGUGGUAAGCCAACUUCAAAAGCCCGAGACCAUUUCAUGCUGAAGCGUGAUCGGCCUCCCCAUGUUACAAUUCUUUGUCUUGUAAGAGAUGCAGCUGCCAGAUUGCCUGGAAGUAUGGGCACUAGAGCAGAUGUUUGUACCUUGAUAAGGGACUCUCAGUAUAUUGUUGAAGACGUGUCUGAUGCUCAAGUGAAUCAGGUAGUCAGUGGAGCCUUGGACCGUUUACAUUAUGAGCGUGAUCCUUGUGUACAAUUUGAUGGGGAGAGGAAAUUGUGGGUUUACUUACACAGAGAGAGAGAAGAAGAAGAUUUUGAAGAUGAUGGUACUUCAUCUACAAAGAAAUGGAAGAGACAGAAAAAGGAUCCAGCUGACCAACCUGACCAAGGAGCUGUAACUGUGGCUUUUCAUGGGAAUGUGGAUCAGUCUGGAUUUGAUUUGGGCUCUGACCUCAAUGUUGCACCAUCAGGCCCUGAUGAUGAUAAAAGAACAAAACUUGUGCAUAAUGAUGCGAAACAAAGCAUGGAGGACAAUGCUGAGACUAGUCAUGUGUCAGAACAAAGCAACAUGCAUCAGGGUCAUCCAGUGGUUUGGGAUACCCUUAGUUUAAAUCCAAUGCGAGAAAAUAAAUUGUUAUGUCAAGAAAAUUCAACAAAUGAAGAUUUUGAUGAUGAGACGUUUGGGAGAGAGAGGCCAGUUGGAUUGUUAAGUGCAAGCUUGUCAUGAGAAUAUUUCAGGCCUGAGGUCCGUCUAUGUCAGAAAUCAUGGUUAGUUCUCUUGAGGGUGGGUGCCAUGCCCAUACGUAAAAGGUUAAAUGUAUAUUGAUUUGAUGCACAAUGUAGAAUAGUAAGAGAUAAUUUGUUGGGGCUCAGAAAUAUGUUCAGUACAGGUGGAUGCUUAUAUGGUCCUAAAUUUUCCCCCUUUUUUCUAUUUUUUUUUUAAUUAUCUAGAUUAAUUUGAAAUAUAGUUCAUUGUUUCCCUUGAUAUGAGUUCAGGAGGAGGAUUUGGCAUUUGUGUAGUGAGGCAUCAUGGUAAAACCUUAGCUGGCUGUACAUAUGGUUUAGAUAAGGUAAUUAAAAAGAAUUUAAAGUUUUUUUUUUUAA